GGUGAGCAAGGGCGGAAGAGAACUGAGGGCGGAAGUAGGGUUGCCACCUUGCCGGUAUUUUACCGGCCUGGCCAGUAAAAAUGAUGGCUGAUCCCAAUGUUAUUAAUAGGGAAAAAGGAUAAAUAUAUCGGAAGGCAACCCUAGGCGGAAGGCAUAGUACUGAGGGCGGAAGACUGAGGGCAGAAGGCUGAGUUCGUAUGACUGACAGCUGAGAAGGGAGGGUAGAUGACAGAGGUGUGACUGCAGAUUCGGAAGAUGAGUGACGGUAAAAGCAAACGAUGUGCCAUUCGGAAGACAUAGGACAUCGCAAGAAGGACAUGCAUUUCGCUGCAGUGUGUCCUAAAAUGCGUAAUCGCAACCCUGUUACUAGACUUGAGGGUGGUGCAAAUAAAUUAUCGUUUCUCAAGAGGAUUUUAAAGGGGGAGGGGGCACGGUUUUCGUAACUGUAUGUCCAGUUAUGUCCCACCGUAGUUUUCCUAUUGGUUGAAGUUACGGCACGUCUCCUUGCUAUCUGCACUCAUUAGCUUCCCCCGUGUAGGACCGUCCUGACGUCAUUUGUUUUAUUCCAUAUCCCUGUUAUUGUGAUUGGCUAGCGUCAUAUGCUGUAGGGCGGAUUCGUUUUGUUCUCUGAUUUACAAUUGGUUUUCCCCUGUUUUCCUGUCUAGUGAAUAGUGGGUGGGUAUUUUAUUUUCCAUCUCUGAUUGGUGGAAAUUAAUCGGGGAGAUGGGCUUGUGCUGGUAACCCGGAAGUACCGUGCUGCUGAUGUGGCUGGAGGAGGAGUUCGGCGAGCAAUAGUCUGAGAAUCUGGACAACCGUAGCUCUGAUAUUCACCAUUGACUUUGGACGGGCUGACAGAAAGGGGGAGAGACAGUGUCCUGCUCGGAAUGUUCAGCCGUCUUUCUGGUAUUGCUAACACUGUCUUACAUGAGCUUUCUGGUGAUGGAGAAGGAGAUGGAGACUCUGGGAAAUCAGUUAUGGAAACUACUUCCCAGGAGGAGAUGUCAGAGGACCAGAUUGAAAGACUGUCUCACUAUGAGCAGCUUGUUGUACAGCUAAAGGAGCUGAUCCAGCAGAAGGAUGCAGAGAUAGAGCAUAGGGAUGCCCAGAUAAAGCUGGAAAGGGAAACUUCAGAUGCAAAAUUGGCGAAGCUGAAGCUCCAAGCAAAGGCAAAAGUUGCUAAUUUAAACAAGCAGCUUGAGGAACUUAAGAAAACGACAGCUGACAAUAAGGUGAACAAAGAAGGGAGCAGUGAUGCAUGGCUCCAUGAUCAGAGACAGGAGGCAAAGAUUCAUGAGGAGGAGAAAAAGAAACUUCAAGAUAAUGUAUCUGAGCUCACACAGCAGCUUCAAGAGAGCCAAGAGACUGUUUCAAAGCUCACAAGACAGCUAUAUGAUAGUCAAGAUAGUCUCAGUGAACUUACAAGACAGCUUCAUGAGAGCCAGCAAACCGUGGGACAGCUCCAUGAAAGGCAACAAAAGAAGGAAGCUGAGACCUGUGAUCUGCAGCGGAAGCUAGAAGAGCAGUGUGAAACUCUUCGUGUCCGCACUCAGUUUGUAGAAAUGUUAGAGCAGGAACUACAGAGCGCAGAGCUUCAGAAACAGGUUCUGGCUGAGCAAUUCAGACAGAUGGAAACAGAAUUAAAAUCUCUGAGAGAAUCUUUUGAUGGGGAGAAGAGAGAAUAUGCUUGUCAAGUGACCAUAUUAGAGGAAAAACUUACAGAAAAGGAUCACACAUGUCAAAAGCUACAUAAACAGUUGGAGCAAGAGAGUGGAGCUCAACAGGAGCUAGAAACAAUGAAGACUGACCUUAAAAGUUCAAAGGAUUUGUUGGAACAAAUGAGGGAAGAGCUUGAAAAAGGACAAGAAGCUCGCAAAGAGCUGGAACAAGUGAGCGAGGAACUGAAGAGAGUGAAAGAGGCACAGGAUGAGUUAGAACAACUGAACGAGCAGCUGCAAAAAGGAAUGGAAAAUCAGGGUGAGUUAGUAAAAGAGACAGAUGAGCUGAGCAGAUUGAAAGAUGUUCAGCAGGAGAUAGAGCAAGAUGACCCUUGUGUGCUGCAUGAAGCAGGAGGACAGACAGAUGAUCUGAAAUCAUUAAAACAAAUUGAAAGACUUCAUGAAGAAUUAGAGAGAAUGAAAGACGAAAUUGAACAAUUGAGAGGAUAUCAGAUUGAACUGGAGCAAGUAAGAAAGGAACUGGAGAGAGAAAAGGGAGCUAAGGAGGAACUUGAGAAAGCAAAGGAGGAGCUGGACAGAGUAAACACAGUUCAGACAAAUUUGGAACUGAAUAAGAGGAAAACUGAAGAGACGCUUGACAUUCAACAACAAAAGAUGGAAAGGCCUGUAAAAAAUAACAUUCCAGAAAAUAUUAUGGAAGUAAAUGAUGAACUGAAGGAAAAUGUGAGCUUGAACCAGGAGUCUUCAGAGGAAAAUCACGACGAAAAAUGUGGGCAAAUGUUAGAUGAAAUGUCAAAGACAGAAACUGAAGAGAAGGCACAAGAGGAUGAGUACAGUUGGUGCAUCGCCUCUGAGAAUGUUUCAGAACCACAGUGUGAACGUUUAACAGCGGCACAAGAGGUGUUAAAUACUUCAUCAGUGGAGAAACGUGGGCUUGGUUCUGUAUCUGAAGGCUUUGCUAUUUCUCUGGGAGAUGCUGUAGAAGAUAUGCAAGAGAAGCAAUUGUCCAUCCUUAUGAUGGAUAUUACAGACACUCAGGGAGAGUUAGAGAGCCUGAAAGGGCAACUAUUGGAGAAAGAAGAAGAAUUGCCCUGUGAAAAAUUAGAACAAAGGACAGGUUAUGGCGAAUGCAAAACUGAGAAUGACUUUGUUAAACUGACUGAUGCAAAGAAUAGUGAAAAUCUAGAACUUAAUUUUUACAACGAAAGUUCGGGGAUGACAUAUGUAUAUGAAAGUAGCGACAUCUCCAUUCUAAACAUAUGUCAAGAAAAAACACCAUUUGAAUAUGUCCGAGACACUGAAGGGUCUGAUACUACAUGUCAAGCUCUAACGUCAUUAACUGGAGAGAGUAGCAACAAUGAGGAAAAUGUAGAUAUCAAGGCACUGAAUGAGCUGGUAUCAGAACUGCUAAAUCAAGUGCAAACUUUGACCUCAGAGAAGGAGGCCCUAGUCAAGAGGAUUACAUUAAUAGACACAGAUGUUAAACAAAUGGAAUACUAUGGGGCUCAGAACAUCUUAGCUGAACAAUUAAACAGUUUAGAAAAUGAGUCAAAAUCCAAAGACUUAAAAAUCACUGCUCUGCAAAAAGAUCUUGACCAGCUGAACCUUAAAAUGUCUGAGCACGAUGCACUUUUAAAGCUGAAAGAAAAUCAGCUGUGUGAGAGAGAGACAAAUGUGAUAAGCUUGCAGGAAAGUCUGAAUCUAAGCCAGAACAAAGAAGAGAGGCUUUCUGAAGCACUUGCAGGAAAUGAAAGGGAAAAUCUCUUGCUUCAGGAUCUCCUUUCACAAAAGAGUGCAAGCAUAGCAAAUUUUGAAAUGCUGCUAACAGAGAAGGAUCAGCAGCUGGCCGAGUUAAGUCAUAGCCUUUCUGAUAAGGUUGUACUCCUAAAUGAAGAAAAACAUUCCUUGUAUUUGGAAAUAAAGAUGCUUAAAGAACAGUUGGUAUCGGUUGACACAGCACAGAAGCAGGAUAUGGAACAUUCUGAUAUACUACAAAAGGAAAAUGAGGAUAUUCGUCUGCAGCUAGACAAAAUCAUAAAAGAGAACUCUCAUCUGCAGGGCAAGAUGGCAUCAGUACACCAAGAGCGAGAUGAGUUGCAUCAGCAGUUAGAGGUCACAAGACUUGAUCAUGUUAAAAACCAAGAAAUAUUGCACCGCGUCCAAGAAGAAUUGCAUUUGUUGCAAGAAGGAACAUGUGAGCAUUUGCAAACUCAAGAAAUGCUUUCAUCUGUCCAAAGAAAAAAAGAGGCGCUAGAAGCCAUUGUAAAAACACUAAGACAGGAUAAUGUACAGCAGCAAGAAUUUGUGAAAUUGCAACAUGGAGAUUUGCAAGAACAACUUCAAAAACUAACUGACACACAGCUUCAUAAUGCAGACACCAUACAGAAUCUGCUGAGGGAGAAAAGCAACUUGGAGCAUGAGGUGCAUUCUCUCAAAAGCAAAUCAUUGCUAGACACGAGCAUUAAUGAGCCAAAAGAGAAAGGUGAGUUACAAGAGCAAUUGGAACUGCAAAGGAAUGAACUUGAUAAUCUGAGGAAAAAGCUUCAGGCUGCUCUUAUCAACAGGAAGGAACUCAUGAAAAAAGUGUCCACUCUGGAGGAUAAGUUAAUUAAAUAUAAUACAGAGCCUGAUUGCUCUGGUAGCAUCAAUGUGGAAGCUAAAUCUGCAUGCCAGGAAGUAGCAGAACAAAAUGCAGUGGAAGAAGUCCUGAAACUACAGCUUUCAGAAAUGCAAUCUGACUUGGAGAAAGCCAGGAGAGAGAGAACUGAAAAUCAGGCAGAUGAAGAGAGACUUCAAACUCUGAUAGAAGAAAUGAGUUUGGAGAUGAACAAAAAAGAUAACUUAAUUGAAACACUAUGUAUGGAGAAAACGGAGAACCUUUCCCUGAUUGAAAGACUAACCGCAGAAUCUACAAAAUCUGAACAUUUAGUUUCUGUGCCUUCAUGUGUGCCUGAUGAGCUAACUGGCACAAGAGAUAUGUUGGAAAACAAAAUAAUAAAUCUUGAGCAAGAGAGAGAGCAUCUGCAAAAGAAAGUUCAAGAUGCUCUCAAUUCUCGUAGGGACACCAUUAAAAAAGCAAAGGAAAAAGACAGACAUCACCGUGAACAGCUGAAACAACAGAAAGAAGAAUACAAUCUGUUGCAGGAAAAAUAUGAACAGCAGCAAAAAUAUCACUUGGAGCUCCAAGGACAGAUAAAGAACCUGCAAGAAAUUGAGCCACCAAAGUUACAGUUGUCUGUAUUAGAUGAGCCACAGAAUGCAGGCACACAAACCGAUGUGUUUGAUCAGCAGCAUUCAAAAUUUGGGGUGGAAUUUAUAAAUGCAGAAGUUGAAAAAUCUUUUUCUGACAAGGAUCUUUCUACUGAGAAUAAAGUGGACACUUUGAAACAGCAGUUGGAUAUUUUUGAGCAGCAGAAAGAUGAGCUUGAAUUAAGAGUUGUUUGUUUAGAAGAAGAUCUUAAACACCGUGCUGAACAAGUUUCAAAACUCCAAGAGACCAUAGAGGAUUUGAACAGACAACUUCAGUGUCAAAAAGAAAGUUGUCAAGAGUUUGAAACUAAAGCUGCUUCUUUAAAGACAGAACUGGAUAAAAGCCUUCAGGAUUACAACAAAUUGCAAACAAUGGAAUCAGAAAUAAAGGAAACACAGGCAGAGAUUUCUCUUAAGCAAGAGGAAAUAAACUGUAUUCAGAUGGUGCUAGAAGAAAGAAAUGAAUUUGUAAAAAAUCUGCAGAUGUCUAUAUUGGAAAAGGAAGAAAUUAUAGUUUCCCUCAAAGCUCAGUUGGAAAAUCAAGCAAAAGAAAAUGAGGAAUGCAUUCGAAAGUUUGAAAAGCAGAUGCUUGAAGUGCAGCAAAAACAAGAUGAAGAUGUGGAGGAAGCUAGGAACAAAACUCAACUUCAGAGGAAGCUCCAGGCUUCUCUAAUCUCUAGAAAAGAAGCACUUAAAGAGAGUAAGUCUUUACAAUCGGAACUUGAUAAUAUGAGAAAAAAAAGAGAGGAACUUUUUAACCAGUUGAGAACGGCAGAAAAUUCUGUUGUUCAACUAAGUGAGGAAAGGGACAGCUUGCUUGAUAAAUUACUUAGCCAGAAAGAAGAGAUAAACAAACUGAUAAUGGAUGUUGACAAAAGUUUAGCAAAUAAUCAAAAUCUGGAAGCUUCAUGUGAAAGCUUGAAACUUGCCUUAGCAGGUAUAACAAAUGAGAGAGAAAUUUUGGAAAAAGAACUGGAAUCUAUGAAAAAUGCAGGCUCUACACAGCAACUGGAAUGGCAGGAGAAACUGUAUGACCAACAAAAAGAAUAUGAAUCCCUUCUUCAGUCCUAUGAAAAUGUCAGCAAUGAAACAGACCGAAUGAAUCGAGCUUUAGAAGCUGUAAGGCAGGAGAAGCAAGAUAUUUUCCACAAAAUGAAAAGCGUAGAAUCUGCAAAAAGGGAAGUUGAGAAGCAAUUGGAAGAUGUGGAACAAGAAUUAGAAAAUAUGAAGGAUAAGAUGAGGAAAUUUGCCAAAUCAAAGCAGCAAAAAAUACUGGAGCUAGAAGAAGAGAAUGAAAAGCUCAGAGUAGAGUUACAACCCAGUAGCAGUGAACAAAUAUUACAGUUUAAUAAAGAAAGUGAAGAACUUAAAGCUGAGCUUAACAGACUACACUCAGACAAUUAUGAUCUUGUUACUCAACUGGAAGUGGUCAAGAAUGAAAAUUGUUCUCUUAUUCAAGAGUCAGAAUGCCUGCGAAAUCAAAUUCAGAGGACUGAAUCAAAACUGGGAAGAACUGAGGAAGAACAUGCCAUUUUCAGUCAAGAUGGGGCUAUAACCACACAGGAAUCCUCUGUUGUGUGUGUUCCACCACCUCCAAAAAGUAGAGAAAAGGCAGAGCUAGAUAAUUGUCACGAAAGAACAUCUGACAAAGCCACUAUGAAUUUGAUUGCUCAGUUGCAAGAUCGUAUACAUGAACUAGAAAACAACACAAAAGAAAAUGAUUUUGAAAAAAUGAGUGGUGAAAUAAAGGUCUUAAAAGAAGAUAAGUUUAAGGCUGAAAAACAGAUAUCUAAUUUGUUGGAGGAUAUAAGUCAAUUGCAAAUAGAGACUGAAGAGUUAAAAGAAAUAAUUAAGAAAAUACAAUUUGCUGAGGCUAAGGCAAUUAAAGAACAGGAGAUGACAGCGUUAGAAAAGGAUGAGUUGGAGGAGUGCCUGAUGAACCAGUUGGCUGAACUCAAUGGAAGUAUAGGGAAUUACCAACAGGAUGCCAUGGAUUUACAGAUAAAAAAUGACUGCUUGCAAAAACAGUUACAGGACCUCCAAUUUGAAUUAGAAGAGGAGAAGAGGAAGUUGGAGAGUCAAAAAGCAGAAGCACUUUGUCAUGUACAGAAAGAAUAUGUAGAGAAACUGAAAUCCGUACACCAGGGAGAGAAAGGCAGAGAGAGACAGACUAGAGAGCUUCAGGAACUUCUCAGGGAGAAACAGCAAGAGGUACGCCAUUUGCAGAAAGACUGUAUUCAUUUCCAAGAGACUAUCAGUGGUUUAGAAAGAACAGUAAAGGCUUUAGAGUUUGUUCAUAGUGAGUGUGAGAUAGAAAAGAUAGCAGCAAAUGAAAAAAUAGCUAAGGCCAAGGAAGCUACGAAGAAAGCAAAAGCUGACUUCGCUUCAACUCGUGUUUUGUUAGAUGAUACUCAAAGUGAAGCAGCAAGAGUAUUAGCAGAGAGUAUGAAAUUAAAAGAAAGUCUACGUGUAAUAGGGGAGGAUACAGCUUUAAAAUUGAAAAAGAAAGAUGAGGAAGCACAAAAGAGGUUGGAGCAUGAAAGAGAGAAGCAUUUUAAAGAAAUGAAAAACAUGCAGGAGAAGCUAGAUGUACUACAACAGGAAAAAGAAAAUCUGGAGAGAACUAUUACUGGCUUGCAGACUGCAUUGGACAAUAAGACUGUGGAGCUAAAGGAACUCCAGGGGAAUUUAAACAAAAACAUUGCAAAACUGGCAGCAUUUACCCGCAGCAUGUGUUCCUUGCAAGAUGACAGGGACCGUAUAAUAGGAGAAUCUAAAAAAUGGAAUAAAAAAUUCUCAGGUGCCAUGAAAGCAAAGGAUAAUGAAAUUGAAGAAAAAGAUAAGAUCUGCACUUCUCUAAAGAAUGAACUAACUGAAAUCACGUCACAAGCUGAGGAACUGCGGGACCAAGUGAUUAGACUUGAGAAAGCAAAUCAGGAACUCACAACAGCCAUACAAAGUGAGGCAGAAUCUCAUCUCAAGGUACAGAAUUCCCUACUGGAAGAAAAAGCUGUGCUUUCUUCCGAACUAGAAAAGGAACAGCAUUUGCAACAGAGCUGUCAGGAAGAGCUAAAGUUGCAAAAUCUGGAAGCCACAGAUCGACAAAAGCAACUUGAUGCUCUGGAAAUGGAAAUCAAACAACUUAAAGCAGAGAAGGAGGACCAGCUGGACAAAGUAAAGACAUUGGAGUUGAAAGUCCAUGAUAUGAGGUUGCACUUUGAACAGACUGAAAGUGAUCUGCAGGCAUCCAAAAUACUGACAGAGCAACUUCAUCGUGAGCUAGAGCAGAAAGAACAAGAUGUGGUGAGGCUGCUGAGCUCUCAAGAUGAGGUAUUAAAUGCAACUGUUAGGGAUCUACAGGAGUUGCAUGCUGCUGAGAGCAAGGAACACCAAAAGAGAAUAACAGACAUGGAACAAGAGAGGUCACAAUUAAGGGAGAAACUGGAGGCUACAGAGGUCCAAGCACAUCAUUCCCAAGAAGAUACUAGAAGAAAUAAAACUCAGUUGGAAGCCAUAACUAAAUCUAUGUGCUCACUGCAGGAAGAACGUGAACGUUUGAUAGGUGACUACCAACAGCUAGAGCAGCGCCACCUUAGUGCCAUCCUUGCCAAAGAUUCACUGAUCCAAGAGGCUGCAGCAGAGAGUAAUGAACUACGUGAGGAGCUACGAUCUCUGCUGAGCCGUACUGAUGACUUGAAUGCACAAAAUGCCAAGCUGAAUGCGCAACUAGCUCAGUACCGUCAGGAUUUAAAGGAACUCAUAUCCCUUAAGGACUCACAGCUGAAGCAACUUCUGGGUGAGAAGUUACAAGAAAUAGAGAGACUACGGCAAGAGCAGAGUGCACAGGAGCAGCAAUGGAAGCAGGAGAAAGAACUGGCAUAUAUUUUGCAGCAGAAACUUGAGGAAACCAGAAAAGAGAAACAGAGCACACAGCUGGAAGUAGAGACCUUGACCCUCUGUGUGUCUAAGCUACAGACCGAGAGGGAGGAAGGAGAGGUUCGAUUUGUUGAAGAAAUCGAAGAGGUGCAGAAGCUGAAAAAGGAGGUAUUGCAACUUCACAAUGAAUUGACACUUGUGAAAGAGGAGAAAUCUCAAACUCAAGCAGAGGCAGAAAGGAGAGUGAAAAGUGCAGAGGAUGAGCUACAGCAGAAGCUACAAAGUUUGCAGCAUGACACUGGAAUAAUGCGCAAUGAGGCAGAAACUGCUGAGGAAAGAGUAGCAGAACUGGCAAGGGACUUGAUGGAAGCAGAACAGCGCCUACUUCAUGCAAACGAAGAGAAUUCUUCCCUGACGGCUCGGUUACAGGCUUUUCACGGCUCCAUGAGGUCUCUACAGGACAGUCAUGAUUCUGCUAAGGAAGAGUUGCAUAAAAUGCAGGUAGAGCAGAAAAAGGGGGCAGUCCUGCAGGAAGAGCUCAUAUCAACACACAAUGAGGAACAGCAAAAGUUGAAAGCAUUGUUAGAAGAGCAAGAUGUAAAGCAUCAAGCUGCUCAGGAGCAAAUAAGUCAGUUAAGUUCUGAUCUGCAGGCUUCACAAAACCAUAUAAAAUUCUUGGAAAACUUACAAGAAGAAAGCAAGAGAUUGCAAGGGGUUCUGAAUUCAUCAAAAAGAGAGGUGGCUGUUCAUGUGCAGAACACAGAUCUCGAGAACAGAAAGACGUCUGAUGGUAAUACCAAUGACUCCUUACUAUCAGCUUUGCAGAGCAGUCAAGAGGAAGUUCAGAGCCUUCACAAGCAGCUUAGUGAUGCACUUUCUCAGGUUCACCACAAAGAGCUGAGAGUUCAACAUCUCAAUGGAAAGUUGUCUCAGAUAUUUGAAGAGAAGAAUGUUCUGUCGAUGCAACUUCGAGGAAGCAGCCAGAACCUUAAAGAUGCUCUCAGUCGAUACGCAUUCGUUGAAAAACAACUUCAGGAAUUGACACCCAAGAAUCAGGUACCUGUACAGGAGGCCAUGAUGGUUGAUUCAGCUCCUGGAGCGCCACAAGAGAGGAAUGAAAUCCAAACAGAGGUAGACCAGCAACUGAUGGAACUGCAUCAGAGGUAUCAAGAAAUGAAACAAAAAAACACUGAGGCGGAACAAGUGAUUGCAGAGUUGGAGCGAGAGCUAUUGGAAGAGCGGCAAAGGGCAGAAGACAGAUUUCAGGAAAUGGAAGAGCACGUGCAGAGGUUGCAGGUAAACAACUGGUCAUCCCCUGACGAUCCAAAUAUGUCCCAAGAGCUUUCAUUGUUAAUUGAACCUCAAGAAACUGUAAAGACCAAGGCUCGGAGUUCAUCCAUCCGUAGAUUACUGCGCCAUGGGUUAUUCUCCCGCACACGGACUCCUUUGCUGAUUGCUCUUUAUCAAGUAAUUAUACAUGUGCUGCUGCUGCUUUGUGUAACAGGGCACUUGUGAUUUUACGGGCUGUAUCUUACAAAUGUCACUUGGGUGACAUUGAAGACUGCAUUCUUUGCAUACAGCAGAAGAGGGCUAAAACUAUAAUACUGUGUACUGCACUUUAAAGUUUGAUAUCACUUCAAAAUACCUGGAUUGGUUAAGUCAUUGGAACAGCACUAGGAUGUCUGUCCAGAAGAGAUUGCGGAGGAUAUCCCAUAGUACUGCAACUGAAAUGUAUACAGUGGUGUACAAAAUAUGCUGUUUCUGCUGAACCACAUUCACUGUUAAUACUGUUAAAAGUGUUAUGUUCUGAUGUACUAUAUGAUCUCUGAAUAUGUAACCUUUCUAACCUCUUAGGGGCAAAUUUACUAAAGGGCGAAGUGGCUAGCGCUAACGAAAAUUCGCCAGAGUGAUGUGAUUUUGGCACUUCGCCGAUUUACUAACGGUCCAUGGCGUAAAUUCGCUAGCGAAGUAGACAGACUCUAGCGGUUCUUCGCACCAUUACACUAGGCAAAUUGGCACUCUGGCGAAGGGACGUAACUACGCUAAUUCACUAAGUUGCGGAUUUUACUGAACGUUACCUCUUGCGCCAGACUUUACUUCACCAGCUCAGACCAGGCAAGGGCAAUAGAGUAGAUAGGAGUU